AGUAGGAUUUGAGACGACUUGUUUUUAUUUUCAACGUUCGCUGUGUGGAGUAAAGAAAGACCCACUGACAAUACUAAAUAGGCUACCCGAAUCUCAUUCAACUGACAAUGACUAAACUACAGUUGUUGAGUGUGUUUCUAAAUGAGCGUUUAACGGCGGCUGUUGUGGAGAUUGUCGGGGCAGUUGAGAAAACGGUAGUGGAGUACCAGGAGGAGAAUGAUCGGCUACGGAGACUGCUGCGGAUCACACCAGCGAUACCACUAACGUUAUCGAGAAUAGACUCCCUGCCGAUCUCUGUCUCUGAAGAGGAGGUUCCCCCUGAGCAGCAGAACUGUGAGCAGGAGUGGAGCCCCAGUCGGGGGCAGGAGGACCCAGAGACCACACAGAUUAAAGAGAAACAGGAGGAAGUCAGGACCAGUCAGGAGGAAGAGCAGCUUCAAGGUCUGGAGCCUGAUAUCAUAGAGUUCGAUUUCACGCCUUCAGGUGUGAAAAGUGAAUGUGAUCAGGAGGACGCACUUUGGUCCUUGACUCUUCCCCAAACACAGACUGUGAAGGGCAGAGAGAGAGACUCUAAACCAGUGAAUCUCACACCUUUUGUCACUGUGGCCCACCUAAAGUGUCUUGACAUUCCCUGUGACCCUCCAGAUAAUCAGAACAUUGCCUGCAGCCACAGCUCAGCUGUAAGCAGAAACCCAGUAGGACUUGACAUCAGCCCACCAUUGGAUCUGAACACAAUAAUGGGGGAAACCUGCACAUGGCCCUUUUGUGGCAAGACCUUCAAACAAAAAGGACAUCUGUCCAGGCACAUGAGGGUUCACACAGGAGAGAAACCGUUUAGUUGUGGUGACUGUGGGAAAAGCUUCAGUCAGAAGGGGACCCUAACCAUGCAUAAACUGACUCACACAGGAGAGAAACCGUUUAGAUGUUUUUUUUGCAGUAAAAGCUUCAGCCAGAAAGGGGACCUAAUGAGACACAUACUGACUCACACAGGAGAGAAACCAUUUAGCUGUGGUGACUGCGGUAAAGGCUUCAUUCGCAAGGAGCACCUAACUGCACAUUUACAGACUCACACAGGAGAAGUGUCGGUCUCAAGCAGAACCUAACCAUGCAGAAACUGUCUAAACCGUUUAGCUGUGGUUACUGUGGGAAAAGCUUCGGUGUCAAGCGGAACCUAACUGUUGACAUAGAGACACAGGAUGAUACACUGUUAUUUGUGGUGACUGUGGGAAAGGCUUCUAUCAUAAGAUGGACCUAAGGAGGCAUAAACUGACUUAGUGCAUUUGGAAAGUAUUUAGACCCCUUGACUUUUUCAACAUUUUAUUACAUUACAGCCUUAUUCUAGAUUUGAUUAAAUAAAAAAAUGCCCUCAUCAAUCUACACACAAUACCCCAUAUUGACAGUGAAAACUGUUUUUUUUAUCAUUUUUUUCACGUAUUUUUAAAAUAUUUUUAAACAACUUAUUUACAUAAGUAUUCAGACCCUUUGCUAUAUGAUUAUAAAAUUGAGUUUGGGUGCAUCCUUUUUCCAAUGAUCAUCCUUGAUGUUUCUGCAACUUGAUUGGAGUCCACGUUUGGAAAAUUCAGUUGACAAGACAUGUUCUGUCAGCUGAUGAGGAAUAUGCAAGGAUGUGGACAACUCGUAGGAAAGGAGGAUCAUUCACACUGAGGGUUUCAGAUAAAAGUAUAUAAAAGCAAGUUGUGUGUUUUUCAACAUUUUAUGUGAAUAAAGUUUGAUUUGAUUCAAUUGAUGAUGUAAUGAUUAAACAGUGAAUGGUAGGAAUGUAAGGAAGCUCGCCGGUCUGCUGUUCUGUCUGAUGUUUUCAGGUUAUUAUAAACAGGAAGUCCUGGGCCUUUUGAUUUAGAUUGUCUCCCAGCUGAUGAGAGAGUGGUUAUUGAUACAUGGAAAAAAUAUUUACUUUCCAGAAUAUAUCUUCCUUCCAUCGGUCCAAAAGUAUUUCUCAUCCAUUUGGACCUAAUGCUGCUUAUUCAUGAUAUUGUUUUGAAUCCAUUGGCUAGUAACGAUUUACAAUCGACCCCUCGUAAGUACACUUUGUAGAAGUGCGAACUCGGUUUUAAGUAUACUACAGUGUUUUUCAGUCCCAACUCAAUAAAAUUAUUUGUAAAAUCUC